AUGUCGCAAAAUGAAACAAAACGCGUGGGCAUCGUUGGGGCUGCAUAUCGGUUGCAACUGUCGAAGGAUCCUAAAGUUGAAGUUCAUCUAUACGAAGUGGAUGGGAGGGUCGGCGGGCGUGUUAAAACCCAUCGUUUUACAUCCGAAAAGAACCAAUACUUCGAGGCGGGUGCCAUGCGUAUUCCCGAUACUAGAAUGCAUGCGCCAACUCUAAACCUGAUUCGUCUUCUAAAAGACACUCACCACGCUGGUCUCAAUCUCAUACCUUAUCUCCUUACCACUCCCGGCAAUCGUAUCUUCAUAAACGGCAUUUUAAAGAAUGUCAGUGAUCAUAACACUGCUAUGGCACUUGGAUUCAACCUCCCAGAACCUUACAACAACCAAACUGCCGAUGCCUUACUGUUAAGCGCUAUCGAGUCCUUUCUUGAUCUAUUAGGGAGAGAUUUCGAAGCCGGGUGGAAGCUCCUUAUGAAGUACGACAAAGUGUCUUUCCGUGCCUACUUGUUAGAUCUUAAUUGGCCAGAAUCCGUUAUUGAUUUUGUCGAGACCAUGUGCUCUCAGACCAACCAGUUCGCCCUUAGCUUCUCCGAACUCGUAAUGCAAAACAUGGACUUCUCUACGAAAGCAUGGCUCACGCUCGAAGACGGAAUGGACAAACUUCCACAGGCGCUGGCUGGGGUAGUUGGGAUGGACAAUAUUACCUUCAGUGCGCGUGUCCAGAAAAUCGAGCAGGAAAACGACCAGGUCAAGGUUUACGCAGAUACACCUGGUGGCCGAGUGGAGGGUACGUUUGACAAGAUCGUCCUUGCUAUCCCACCUAGUGCGCUGAGGAUGAUACCUGAGCGUCCCCGUUGGGAUCCGACAAAGGAGCAAGCAAUCCGGGCCAUGUACUUUGAGGCGUUGUACAAAAUCGGCAUACGCUUCAAGACCCGAUUCUGGGAGCAUGUGCAGCCUCCUUCCAUAGGAGGACAAUCAACGACUGAUUUACCCAUCCGUUGGAUCGUUUAUCCAUCAUACGGUAUCAACUCUGAUGGACCAGGUGUUUUGCUCCUGUAUUCCUGGAACACGGAUGCAUCGGUAUGGUCCUCCAUCCCUUUCAGCGAGCGUCUCAGGAGCUCUCUGUGUCAUCUCUCAAAAGUGUUCAAGGAUAUCGACGUCUUUGACCAAUUCAUCACAGCCGAAGAUUUGGCUUGGUCCGAACACAAUCCUACUGGUGAUGCAAUGUUCUUUCCUGGGCAGUUCUCGCAGUAUUUUGAUAUUGCUCGUCGCCCCGAAGCCAAUAUCUAUUUCGCAGGAGAGCACCUCAGUCGCCACCACACAUGGAUCACUGGAGCUAUUGAUUCUGGCAGGUCCACUGCUCAAGACAUUAUUACUAGCUUCACCUCCAAACCGUGCCCUACGGGGUGGAUUCCUCGCGCAGGAGUUGAGCCUGAAGACUAUUAUGAUAGUGAAGCGUACCGUAGGAAGGUGGCUAUGGAUGGCUUGGAAGGGUUCAAGGGGGAUCGUAAGGGAUUUGAGGAUAGCAUAUUGCAUUCUAGCUUGGGGUAGGUAGGUUCGAGUGAAACAUAUGCUAGUCUAAUAGUGCGUUAUAUGAGCCGAUGAUG